CUUCUGAAAUCCAAUUCCAAAGUCUGAGAUGAACCUCUUGAGAUCUUUUCUGAGUGCUGAGCUGAUCCUUUUUGCAGUGACAGCUACAGGACUGCAUAUUAAGCCGCGGGAGGGCAGUGUUGCUGGAGGAACAUGGAUUACUAUUACCCUGCCUGGUUCAACAUCUCACCAACAUUUUGUGGCCAGUGGAUCUCAUCUGGAGGUGUUCCUAGUGAAUCCAGGCCUACCCAGGUUACCCUGUGAUGUUUCUCCUGUAUAUUUUAACUUAUCCACCAUAAGAUGCAGAACAAGGUCUUCAUCUUGGGAAGCUUUGUACCAUGUGGAGCUGCUCUCAGAAGGACGGGUGAUUAACAAUCUGACUGGGGUGGAAAAAGACAGCUACACUUUCAAGUUCUCUGCUGUGCAGACACCUGUGGUUUACCAAAUUAGUCCACCAUCUGGUGUCCCAGGAAAUUUAAUAGAGCUCUAUGGGAAGACAAUUACUGGAAGAUAUGAAACCCUGGACUUCAAUGUUGAUUAUAUUGAUGGACCAGCUCUCCUCGUGGCAGAAGGAGAUGGAUGGACCAGUCUCUGCUCUUUUGCUGACAAACAAGCAGGACACAUAUAUCCUAUUCAGGUGGAGGAUGGACUUGGGACCCUGCAGUGCCGGGUGGAAGGCAGCCACAUAGGGUCCCACAACGUCAGCUUCUCAGUGUUUAACAAAGGAAGAUCAGCAGUACACAAAGAUGCUUGGCUCAUCAGUGCUAAACAGGACCUUUUCUUGUACCAGACACAUUCAGAAGUAGCCUCUGUCUUUCCAGCUAGUGGAAGUCUUGGAGGAGGCACUGAGCUCACUAUCAUAGGGGAUUUCUUUGAGGAGCCAGUGCAGGUCACAGUUGCAGGUGUCCGCUGUAAAGUCCAGCACCUCUCUCCCCAGAAGAUCAGCUGCACCACUGAACCUGCCAGCAAGGGCAGGAGACUUGCUGCCCCCCAGCCAGGAAACAGAGGGCUUCUCUUUGAAGUCUGGGAUGACGCCUCUGAUCUGACAGAAGCAGGCCCUGGAUAUAGAUGGCAGUUUGUACCUAAUGCCAGUUCCCCAGUAAGAUUUCUGUCUGGGGCAAAGCAGUCAUUCAGCUCCAGACUUCGUGGAUUUUUUGUGGCUCCUGAGACCAACAAUUAUACCUUCUGGAUUCAAGCAGAUGGUCAGGCAUCUCUGUACUUGAGUUUGUCUCAAGAUCCAGAACGUAAGGCGAAAAUAGCUUCUCUCCCUGCGGGCAAUUCUGUGUGGCUGGAGCACUGGGAGAAGAGCUGGAAUGAAAGUUGGCAGCCAAAAUCCCCCAAAUUUGAGCUAACUGCUGGCUCAAGGUACUACCUGGAAGCUUGGCAUCAUGGCAAGGCACCCAGCAGUGGGAUGAGAGUUGGUGUCCAAAUACACAACACAUGGCUGAAUCCCCAUGUGGUGAACACCUACUACCGGGAAAGACAUGAAAUUCGGGCUUGUGCUUUGCAGCUUCCCGAAGUUCAGAUGUUGACUGUGUCAGGUGCAGGGUGGUUCAGUAUCUCCUGGAACAACAUAUUCAGCAAUAUGAUUCCCACAAAUGCUACUGCUGAACAGGUACAGAUAGCAAUAGAGGGGCUUCUUUCAGUACAGUGUGAAACUGAGCCAUCUUCUGCUAAAAUUCUUUUCCAGAAUGGCUUCGAGAAAGGUACAAAGGACUCUGUCACCACGGGGCGCACUGUCAGUGGGACGGAGCCCUUCUGUGGGAGGUUCAGUGUUCACAGACCAGAACAGCUGGUGAAAACGUCACCUUCAACUCUACCGAGAUAUGAUCUCACUGAAUACACACACGUAUGUUUUGCACAUAAAGGAUAUAUGAGCAAAAUCCUUCAUAUCUCAGUAUCCUACACUAAUGCCACUCUCCAUUCAGUGAAGAGGAACCUCACCUGCCAAUGGGAUUUUAACGACAGUAACCUAGGAAGCUGGACGUUUACCUGCACCAACCUCUGGAAGGGAUGUGUGAACCGUUCCAUGCUCUUCCAGGACCUCCCUGCCAAUUCUCCUGUGUAUGUGCGUCAGAUUGAUUUGCCGAUCCCUGAGAUGCAAAAGGAGACCUCUGAGUCAUUUUAUCUUGAUGAACUCAUCAUCACAGACAGCAAUGUGACUGUUUCUCAGAGGAGUCCCAAACCACCUUGGCCAGAUGGGAGGAUAAUUGAAGCAGUAACGGUGGUGGGAUCAUCUCCCACUUACAAUGUGUCCCUGCUGGUGGCUGGUUGUGGUGCAAAUCUGCCCCUUCUCUCACUAAGAGGUGCUUUGCUUCUGGAUGGCUCUGAGGAAGAUGGACACCUCUCUGUCUCCACGGAGGAUGCAAGAAUCAACCUCACUGUUCGGAGACUGCAGAAGUCAUCUCCACCUAUUGGAGGGACCUUCCGUAUCUACCUGGCCAAUACAGUGAUAUCAGAUAUCCCAGUGCAUAUUUCCUCCAAUCAUCUCCACAGGCUUUUGCAAGACAACACGGAUAACUCUACAGCCCCAUACUUCAACAUCAGUGACUUUACAGUGAUGAAGGACUCAAAGUCUUGUUAUGAGAAUAUCUGGACCCUGACUUGGAAAACAAAAACAGGGGACUUACCCAAUGUUAUUAAUGUACGUCAUCUUGCUGUUUCUCUUCUUUCAGAUGAUGGAUCCCAGGCUACAAUAGUUAUCAGAGGAACUGGCUUCACUGGGGAGAAGCCAGCACUCCAGGUAGAGGUGAACAGCUCAGCAUGCCACGUCAUAACUUUGAAUGAAACCAAACUAGUUUGCCAAAUGGAGAGGCUGCCAGUUGGAGUCUACCAGGUGACGUUACUGGUGAGACCUUAUGGCUUUGCACUUAACACCAGCACAGGAGAAGGCAUCUUUUUAAGAGUUGAGCCCAAGCUGGUGGCUAUUGAACCUCCUACAGCUUCAGAAAUCGGAGGACUGAGAGUGGCUCUCAGAGGGACUGGUCUGGAAGGAGUAAACCUGGUGCUGUUUGGAUCUCAGCCUUGCCCAAUUUCUGCAAAUGCCAGAAAUGCAACAAGAAUUGAAUGUCAGGUUCCUUCUCGGGGGAUAGAGGAUGCUGUUGUCCCUGUGACACUGGUUUCUGGGCACUUGUCAACAACAUUCACCAAUUUAUUCCAAUAUGAUCCUUCCUUAAAUCCUGUGGUUGUAUCACUGAGCAGAAACAGAAGUGGCAUAACAGGGGGUCAAGAACUCCAGAUUGGAAUAUCCUCAUUUGCUCUCUACCAAGGGUUGGACAUCAAGGUCCAAGUGGGGCAUUUGUGGGGACAGAUUCAGGCACAGACAGACCGUGGUGUUAAUGUGACACUUCCAGCCUUGGCUCCAGGAUGGUACAACAUUUCUGUCAUCAUCAACAGUGUUGUUGUUGCUACUUCAAAUCGGACUGAGCCAUUGAUCCAGUAUGCCUCAGAGAUCUUCAGCAUUGAGCCAUGCUGUGGCUCUUUACUGGGUGGAACACUGCUGACAAUCUCUGGGGUGGGUUUUAGCCAAAACCCUGCCCUGGUUUCUGUUUCUUUGAAUGAGCAAACCUGUAGGAUUACCCACCUGUCAGAAGAGACCAUUUGGUGCCUGACUCCACCAGCUGCUAAUUUGUCUAAUGAUGAUUCACAAGACAUAUCUGCUAGUGUAAAUGUGCUCCUCAGAAGUAGGUUACUUCUACACACUUCUUUUGAGAAGAACACCACUGUCUUUAAUUAUCAAAGGAUUUCGACUCCUCUGAUCACUACUUUUGGAAUGGAGGUCACAGGCAGCAGCCUAUUCUUGAGCAUUCAGGGGAUAAACAUCACUGAAUCUGUGGCUAAACUUGGGGACAGUGAAUGUGCGCUUGAGUCUCAACAUGGCAACAAUUCUGCAAUACUUUCCCAGUGCUCCUUACCGCUGACCAACCUGGAACCUGGGACUUACCCCAUCAGGGUUAUCCAGAGGCAGUUGGGAUAUGCUCAUGUGGCAGGAAGGCUACAGUCUGUUACAAUAACUCCACAGAUAACCUCCAUCUUCCCAAAGCAAGGUUCAAUUUGUGGUGGGAUGGUAUUGGUUAUAUCUGGAACUGCCUUAAAAUCCAGGAGGAAUUUGGUACAGGUGAGCCUGGGAGGUAACUAUUCCUGUGAGAUCCAGAACUCUGGUGAUAAUGUCAUUAGAUGUUUUCUUCUCCCAGGAGCCCAUCCUUUACCUUAUGAGAGGUUGACUGAGGCAUCCCGGGCUCUUAAUGUCACAGUGACUGUAAAUGGCAUUGGCAGUGUCUGCCUUGGUGACUGUACACUUCACCUACAUGAGCAGAGGACACCCCUUAUAGAUUUGGUGACCUGGGAAAAUAGUGGGGCAUUCACCUACCUGAUGAUCAAAGGACAGCAACUAGCAUGGCAAAGUGACAGCCCGGUGGUACACGUGAACAACCAAGUUGUCUGCAAGGUAACUUUCUGGAACGAGACCAACAUCAAGUGCCAGAUGGACUGCAUUGCCCCUGGGAAGUACAACAUUUCCGUAUCCAAUGGGAGAAGUGGACAAGCAUGCUUCAGAAGAGCAGCUGAGGAUUUCACUGUCAUGCCUCAAGUGCACCAGUUUUACCCCGAAAACUUCAGUACCAAUGGUGGAGGCCUGCUCACCUUAGCAGGCUCAGCAAUGAAAGGCAGGACGACUUCUGUUCUUGUUGAUCAUCAUCCUUGUCUCAUUCUCAGUGUCAACUGCACAGCUAUACAGUGCAUAGUGCCUCCUGGCAAUGGGACUAGUGCUUUGAGGCUAAAAGUAGAUGACAUUAACACUUAUCUUGGAAGAAUAACUUAUAGUGAGGAGUUCACCCCAGCUUUCCUUUCCCUCAUGCCUGUUGGCCUACUUUUAAUGAUGACCGUAUCACGAGUCAUAGGAACGGACGGCAUCCACGUAUUUGUUGGGGGCUUUGCUUGUAGUGGUGUCACCAUAACUCAAUCUACGUUGCAGUGCUCAGCUCCUCCUCUACCUGCUGGCAAGUACCACGUGCUGGGCCUCGAUGUCCUCAGGGGAUGGGCUUCCUCUAACUUGACAUUCACCUCUCAGCUGUCGGUGACAUCUGUGCAUCACAACUGGGGUGGCUUGAACGGAGAAGCAGUUCACCUGCGUGGAAUGGGGUUUUCCCCGGGACACACUUUGGUCACCAUCUGUGGCACCCCUUGUGAAAUUCUGGGCAACAUGACAACAACUGCCUUGAGCUGCCUCGCCCCACGCUUGAACGCAUCUUUGGCCAUCCUUUGUGGUCUGAAGCACUCCGCAGUCGACUGCCAAGAAGCUGGGGCCACCUUCAUCAAAUGCGAUGUCCAGGUCACAGUGGCUUCCUAUCACCAGAAGCAGUCCACGUUUUACUUGUACAUGUGUGACCACCACGGAGCUCAGGGGCAUCGAGGGAAUGUCAAUGUGUCCCGGUGGCAAUUUGCUGGACUCUUUGUCAGCCCUAAAGUGGAAAGAGAUGAAGUUCUCAUCUAUAAUAGCUCCUGUAACAUUACCAUGGAAACUGAGGCAGAGAUGGAGUGUGAGGGAGCUAAUCAGCCAAUUACCGCCAAGAUUACUGAGAUAUGGAAAAACUGGGGCCAGAACACUCAGGUAUAA